CAGCCCCAAUCCCCAAAGGCCCGAGGAGCUGAAAAUUCCGGAACCUUCGUCUCGCCGCCGGCGCCGCCCAUCCCAAAUUUUCCCCCACCCGAAAGCCCAAACCCUAAUACCGCCGCCGCCGACGGCCACCGCAAUGGCGGCGCCGGCGGACCCGCGGCGGGUACGCAACACGUGCAUCCUGGCGCACGUCGACCACGGCAAGACGACGCUGGCCGACCACCUCGUCGCCUCCUGCGGGGACGGCCUCGUCCACCCGAGGCUCGCGGGGCGCCUCCGCUUCAUGGACUACCUCGACGAGGAGCAGCGCCGCGCCAUCACCAUGAAGUCCGCCGCCGUCGUGCUCCACCACGGGGGCCACCGCGUCAACCUCAUCGACUCCCCGGGCCACAUCGACUUCUGCUCCGAGGUCUCCUCCGCCGCGAGGCUCUCCGACUCGGCGCUCAUCCUCGUCGACGCCGUCGAGGGCGUCCACAUCCAGACUCACGCCGCCCUCCGCCAGGCCUUCCUCGAGCGCCUCCGCCCCUGCCUCGUCCUCAACAAGCUCGACCGCCUCAUCUCCGAGCUCCACCUCACCCCCGCCGAGGCCUACACCCGCCUCCACCGCAUCAUCUCCGACGUCAACUCCAUCCACUCCGCCCUGCGAUCCCACUCCUACUUCUCCCUCCUCUCCUCCCUCGAGGACCAACCUUCCUCCGCCUCCUCUUCCUCGCCGGACGAGCUCCCCGAGGACGUUGACGAAGACGAGGAGGACGCUUUCCAGCCGCAAAAGGGAAAUGUUGUCUUUGCCUGUGCCCUUGAUGGCUGGGGCUUCCGCAUUCACCAGUUUGCUGAGUUCUAUGCCGCCAAGCUCCCCAACAUCAACGCCAAUGCCUUGCUGAAAGGGCUUUGGGGUCCACGAUACUUCCACAAGAAGAAGAAGAUGAUUGUGGGGAAGAAAGGGAUGGAGGGCGGCGACGCGCAGCCGAUGUUUGUGGAGUUUGUCCUCAAGCCCCUUUGGCAGGCGUAUCAGGGAGUGCUGAGCGAGAACGGUGAGUUGGUGAAGAAGGUCAUUACAAACUUCAGUUUGCAAGUUCAGCAAAGAGAGCUGCAGAACAAGGACCCGAAGGUGGUUCUGCAGGCUGUGAUGAGCCGCUGGCUGCCGCUCGCUGAUGCGGUGAUGACGAUGGUGGUGGAAUGCACGCCUGACCCUGUUGCAGCUCAAGGGGUCAGGGUUGCAAGGCUCAUGCCAAAGAGGGAGGUUGCUCCAGAGGAUGCUGCUGGUUCCCCUGAUAUUGUUGUGGAUGCAGAGAGGGUCAGGAGCUGUGUGGAGGCCUGCGAUGCGAGAGCAGAUGCACCAGUGGUGGUGUAUGUGUCGAAGAUGUUUGCCGUGCCAUAUAAAACGUUGCCAUUCAGGGGUGUGGAUGGGGAGCUGUUGAACCACCAAGGGGCCAAUGAGUCUGAGGAGUGUUUUAUGGCAUUUGCAAGGGUCUUUUGUGGGGUCCUUCGUGCAGGGCAGAAGGUAUUUGUGUUGUCACCACUGUAUGAUCCAAUGAAAGGGGAGGCGAUGCAGAAGCAUGUACAGGAAGUGGAGCUGCAAUACUUGUAUGAGAUGCUUGGGCAGGGCCUGAGGCCAGUUUCUAGUGUGUGUGCUGGGAAUGUGGUUGCAAUCCAGGGACUUGGUCAUCAUAUAUUGAAGAGCGCCACAUUGUCAUCCACCAAAAAUUGCUGGCCUUUCUCAAGUAUGAUGUUCCAGGUGUCUCCGAUGCUUAAGGUUGCAAUUGAGCCCUCCAACCCAGCAGAUUUAGGAGCCCUUGUUAAAGGGCUUAAACUUCUUAACCGGGCAGAUCCAUUUGUUGAGUACACUGUCUCACAGAGAGGUGAGCAUGUUCUUGCUGCAGCUGGGGAGAUACAUUUGGAGAGGUGUAAAAAGGAUUUGGAGGAAAGAUUUGCAAAGGUCAAAUUGGUGGUCUCAGACCCCCUGGUGUCCUUUAAAGAGACAAUUGAAGGCGAAGGCCUUGCCUUGAUAGAGAGCCUGAAGGCUCCACGGGAAUUCGUUGAGAGAACUACUCCAAAUGGGAGAUGCACUGUGAGAGUUCAGGUUUUGAGACUUCCCAAUGCGCUCAUUAAGGUUCUUGAAGAAAGUGAACAAUUGCUUGGUCAAAUAAUUGAGGGGAAAACAGCAAAGAGGAACGGCGUGUUGGAUCCACAUCUUUCUCAGGAUGAUGGUGAUUCUGCUGCAACACUUAGGCAACGCCUGAUCAAUGCUAUAGACAGUGAGUUGGAAGCAUUUUCUGAGCAAGUGGAUAAAGAAAAACUUGAGAGGUAUAGAAAUACAUGGCUUGGAUACCUCCAAAGAAUCUGGUCACUCGGUCCUUGGCAGGUUGGUCCAAACCUCCUUCUCUUGCCUGAUGUGAAAUCAAGUGACAGUGUGAUAACCAGUCAAGAUGGAAGGCAAGGCAUUCUUGUGCGUGGUAGAUCUCAUGUCUCUGAGAGAUUAGGAUUUGUGUGUGGAUCUGAUGCUGAAGCUAACAAUGAUCUUGAUGACAGUGAACCAUCAGCAGAUACUCCUGAAUCAUUACAUCUAGAAUCUGUGGCUCUGAGGAACUGCAUAGUAUCAGGUUUUCAAUUAGCAACAAAUGCAGGGCCACUAUGUGAUGAGCCCAUGUGGGGUCUAGUAUUUGUUGUUGAACCUUACAUAUUCUGUGACCACUCUGAUGCUGCAAAUCACUCUGAACAGUACAACAUCUUCAGUGGUCAAGUAAUUACCGCUGUUAAGGAAGCAUGUCGAGAAGCUGUUGUUCAGAACAAACCAAGGCUAGUUGAAGCUAUGUACUUCUGUGAAUUGACCACACCAACCGAACAACUGGGUGCGACAUAUGCAGUUCUUAGUAGGAAGCGAGCAAGGGUUCUGAAGGAGGAGAUGCAAGAGGGAACUUCUUUAUUUACUGUGCACGCAUACUUACCAGUUGCUGAGAGCGUUGGAUUUUCUAAUGAGCUUAGGAGUGUAACAGCUGGUGCAGCCAGUGCUCUGCUUGUUCUUAGCCACUGGGAAGCUAUUCCUGAGGACCCUUUCUUUAUCCCAAAAACGCAUGAGGAGAUUGAAGAAUUUGGAGAUGGUUCCAGCAUUGGGCCAAACUUAGCUAAGAAGCUUAUGAAUUCUGUCAGGCGAAGGAAGGGGCUUCAUGUUGAAGAAAAAGUGGUUGAACAUGGCACAAAGCAGAGGACGCUGGCGAAGAAGGUGUAGUUAUUUUGUAUGUUUCAAAUUUUGUCCUGAUAGACCCAAAUACUAUAAUCAAAUACAGAAUUCGAUGUGACCACAUGGUUUUGUUAUGCUGAUCUUUUCUAAAUUGUGCAUUGCCAUUUUUAGUCAUCCAUGCCAUUUGUUUCCUAGAGAAAUCAUAUCAAUGAGUUGUGUUUCUUUCA